CAGUGUGAGUGAUGCUUGCAACUCUUGUUAUGACUGCAAGGUCCUGUUUCAAUCAGUGGCGUCAGACGGACGAAACGACACCAACUCAAACCUUUUCACCUUCUCACGAACAACCUAAAUAUUGAUUGAAAAGCGAAUCAGCAACGAGCAACUUCUGGGAGUUUUAAUUUGAAAGUGCUUCACGGGACUUAAAGAAUAUCCCUCGUCGUGUCACUUUGAGGGUCCGACGGAUUUUUUCCUCUCGCAUUUACCACGACUGGGAGAUCAAACUUUCCCUCUUAUUAUAUCUGCUGCCUGGUUAAAGAGAGCCGCCUAGACGACCUUCACGUCUUACAUUGUCGCAACAUUUACCGGAUGAGCGAUUAUUUGAUACAAUUUCAUGGUCUUUUCCAACUUUUUCCUUUUUCUUUGAAUGCGUUGCAAAUAUGAUGAUGUCACCGACGCCACUUUUUCCUGAAGUUAUGGCGGAGCACAACUUUUCUAACUUCUCUUGACCAUUGAGUGCACUUGGCUUUACUAAUGGAGCACCUCCAGGGAGCGUGGAAGACCCUGAGCAACGGCUUCGGGAUGAAGGAUUCUGCGUUCGAGGGCCCGUGCCUCUCCCCGACCAUGGUCCAGGGCUUUCCCUGCCAGCGCCGCUCCUCAGACGACAGCAAGAUCCCGGACUCCAAGACUAGCAGCACUAUCCGCGUCUACCUCCCAAACCAGCAGCGCACCGUGGUGAACGUGCGGCCAGGUAUGACUCUGUACAGUUGUCUGAUUAAAGCAUUGAAGGUGCGAGGUCUGCAGCCUCAGUGCUGCGCCGUCUUCAGGCUGCAUCCAGGACAGAGGAGUAAAAAACUACGGAUGGAUUGGAACACUGACUCCUCUUCCCUGAUUGGUGAAGAGCUACUUGUGGAGGUUUUGGAUCAUGUUCCCUUGACAACGCAUAACUUUGUUCGGAAAACAUAUCUGAAACUAGCGUUCUGUGACAUUUGCCAGAAGUUUCUUUUGAACGGUUUCCGUUGCCAAACAUGCGGCUACAAAUUCCACGAGCAUUGUAGCACCAAAGUGCCCACGAUGUGUGUGGACUGGAGCAAUAUCAGACAACUGCUGUUGUGUCCAACACCUGGGGACAGCAGCGCCCCGUCCCUGCCCCCGCUCACCUCACGGAGAAUGAGAGAGUCUUUAACAAGGUUUCCAAGCUCGGCCCACCGAUAUUCCACCCCUCAUGCCUUCAACUACACCACGCCUUACACACCCACAGGUGGCUGGCUCUCCCAGAGGCAGCGCUCCACUUCCACACCCAACGUGCACAUGGUUAGCACUACGCUGCCUGUAGACUGCAGCAUGAUUGAGCUAGACUGCCUGAAUACCUCUCCCAGCUCCUGGUGCCAUAGAUUCUGGCUGAAGAGGAAAGUAGGUAUUGUGCACUUCUCCCAGUCUUUUGUUGAGGCCUCAUCCGAGAGUCCAGAAAAGGAUGCAAUGCGUGAUCAUGACUCCGCCGGGAGUUCCCCCAGCCAGAGCCCCACAGGCUGGUCCCAGCCCCCGUCCAAAGCCCCGGCACCGGCCCAGCGAGAGAGGGCCCCGUCCUUCAACACUCAGGAGAAAAAUAAAAUUAGGCCUCGGGACAAGCGGGACUCCAGCUACUACUGGGAGAUCGAGGCCAGCGAGGUGCAUCUGCACUCCCGCAUCGGUUCAGGCUCAUUUGGAACCGUGUACAAAGGGAAAUGGCAUGGUGAUGUAGCAGUGAAGAUUUUAAAGGUGACCGACCCCACACCAGAGCAGUUUCAGGCAUUCAGAAACGAAGUGGCAGUCCUGAGGAAAACACGACAUGUCAACAUCCUGUUGUUCAUGGGCUACAUGACAAAGGACAACCUGGCCAUCGUGACCCAGUGGUGUGAAGGCAGCAGCCUCUACAAACACAUUCACGUCUUGGAGACAAACUUGAAGAUAAUCCAGCUGAUAGACAUCGCCAGGCAGACGGCUCAGGGCAUGGACUAUCUGCAUGCAAAGAACAUCAUUCACCGUGACAUGAAGUCCAACAACAUCUUCUUGCAUGAAGGGCUAACAGUGAAAAUUGGGGACUUCGGUCUGGCAACGGUGAAGGCCAGAUGGAGCGGCUCACACCAGGUGGAGCAGCCGUCUGGAUCCAUUCUCUGGAUGGCGCCUGAGGUUAUCCGGAUGCAGGAUAACAACCCCUACAGCUUCCAGUCUGAUGUCUAUUCCUAUGGAAUUGUUCUCUAUGAGCUCAUGACGGGAGAGCUCCCAUACUCCCUGAUAGCAACUAGAGAUCAGAUUAUCUUCAUGGUGGGAAGAGGCUAUUUGUCCCCGGACCUCAGUAAGCUCUACAAGAACUGCCCCAAAGCCAUGAAAAGGUUGGUGGCCGACUGCAUCAAGAAGUCGAAGGACGAGAGGCCGCUCUUCCCGCAGAUCUUGUCCUCCAUCGAGCUUCUCCAGCAUGCCCUACCUAAGAUAAACCGCAGUGCCUCAGAACCGUCCCUGCACAGAGCCUCUCACACUGAGGAUAUCAAUGCCUGCACCCUGACCUCCACCAGACUGCCUGUUUUCUAGAGGCCCUCCUCCUCUCCUUACACUUCCCCCUCCUCCUUCUCCUACGAAAUAUCCCAAAAAUACUCAGUUUGCCCAAAUUCUCAACAUACAGAUGCAAAUGUUGACCUACAAUGUACACGCAAUCAUACAUAAACCCAUGCUAAUCAGCAGAAUGUGUAAGGAAGAGAGGGAAGUGCGUCUGAGAUUUACUUUGAUGAUGGAUUGCAGUGGGAUGUACACAUGAAGAGGCCGAUACAUGGAGGUGGUGCCUUGCUUAUUGCUGCACGUAUUAAGUAAAUGCAUUUGGGGCAAUGCAUUUGGUAAAUUUUGUAAAUACAUGCACGCACAUCUACCUAAGAAGACGAUAAAUGGACACUGAAGGAAGCUCAAGAGAACGACAGGUGUCUCUCUUGAUUUGGGUUCUGUGAAGUGAAGCACACCCUUCUAUCCGGCCGUCCUGGUUUCUGAUGAAGAGGACCUUUUUAAAGCUUACUUGCCUUAAGAGGAAACAAAGCCUGGACUAAGAUCCCGCACAAUUCACCUCCUCUUGUUAUCACAAAGCCGUUGGAUGUAGUCCAUAUAGUUGCACAGUAGUAGUUGAUUUUGCAUUGUCUUAAAUGAUAAUGGCGUAGAUAUGGGAAAUUGUUGUCUUCUUUUUUUUUUUCUUCUUUUCAUCGUCUAUUUUUUUGGGUCAUUUUGGAAGAAACCUAGCCUGUAAGACAGCGAGCAUGAGUGACGAGAGAGAAAAAUUGAAUUUGCACAUUUUAAGCAAAAGCAAUGGUUAUGUUUCAACAGUCUACACGUUGGCUUUACAGCUCUGAGUAAACUGAUUUGUAGAUAUCCACACAUUCUUAUCAGUCCUCGCCUCGGGGAGGCUAUCAUGAGCUGGACAUUUGGCGGUUGUCUUAAAUGUUUAAAAUGAUUUGGAAACUAAUUUGUAUUUGUUGUCUUUUGAUGUCUCUUUCAGGAGGUUAAACGUUUUAUUGUGUACUUGGUGAGAAUGUUGUCUAUUCAAUAUUUUAAUAAAAUUAAGUUAAAUUCCUUUGCCAAA